CCUGCUCCUGCCACAAGAGGAGAUAUUUUGCCUCGCCUUCUCCUGGAGACUGCCUUACCUGUCGAAGCAUCUCAGACAUGCAGGAAGAAGGGACAUACAACUCACUCCAGUGGGAUAAUCCAACACCAAGCCCUUACCAGAAACAUCUGUCUUCCACCAAAUGUUCAGGAACAUGGUGUCUUCUGGUGGUGAUUUCAUGUAUUUUCUGCGUGGGCUCAGUAACAACCUCUGUUUUCCUGAGCAUCAAGUUGUUCCAGGUGUCCACUAUUGCAAUGAAGCAGCAAGAAAAACUCAUCCAUCAGGAGAGAACAAUGUGGAAUUUCACACGAUGGCAGAAAAACCAUAACCUUCAGAUGAAAUACUGUCAAACCUUGAUGCAAAACUCCUUCGUUUCAGCCCAUAACUGCAGCCCUUGUCCAAACAACUGGAUUCAGAAUGGUGGAAGUUGCUACCAUGUCUUUGAAAACUGGAAAAUCUGGCACACCAGUAAAGAGGACUGUUUGAAGGAGGGCUCUAAUCUUCUACAAAUAGACAGCAAAGAGGAAAUGGACUUUAUCACUGGCAGCCUGAGGAAGAUCAAAAGUGGCUAUGAUUACUGGGUGGGACUGUCUCAGGAUGGUCUCAGCAGAUCGUGGCUUUGGCAAGAUGGCUCCGCUCCUCCCCCUGACCUGUCACCAGUAAAGACACUCCAAUCAACUAACCAGCUUUGCGGAUAUCUCAAGGACAAGUCCCUGUCUUCCGCUAACUGCAGCAUUUGGAAAUAUUUUAUCUGUGAGAAGUAUGCAUUAUGAUCCUCUACCUGAACAAAAU